GAGACCCCCGAGAGACCCCUGAACACCCUGGGACCGCCAUGGACCGCCUCCCCGCGACCCCGUAACCCCCCCGUGAGGGGGGUCGGGUGUCCCCCCGCCCCGCUCCACGUGGGGGUUGUGUGUGUUUUCAUUUUCCCGGCCAUGUCGCGAUCGUCGCCGCCGCCGCCCCCGGAGUGCCCGGCCGAGGUGCUGACCCCUCCGGGCGCGGGGAGCGGCGCGGGGGGCUCGGGGGUCCCGCUGCGCUACGAGCAGGCCGAGCACCCCCGGGCGGCGCUGGCGGCGAUGAACGAGCUGCGGCUCGAGGGGCAGCUCUGCGAUGUCACCCUGCGGGUGCGCUACGGGCGGGACGCGGCGCCCACCGAGCUGCGCGCCCACCGCGUGGUGCUGGCGGCCGCCAGCCCCGUGUUCCGGGCCAUGUUCACCGCGGGGCUGCGGGAGCGCGGCCUGGCCGAGGUGCCCAUCGAGGGCGUCCACCCGCGGGCCAUGGAGCGCCUCGUCGAGUUCGCCUACACGGCCGCCGUGGCCGUGGGCGAGCGCUGCGUGCUGCCGCUGCUCAACGGGGCCAUCAUGUACCAGGUGGACGCCGUGGUCCGGGCCUGCUGCGCCUUCCUGGGGGGGCAGCUGCACCCCAGCAACGCCAUCGGCAUCGCCGCGCUGGCCGAGCGGCUCGGCUGCCUCGAGCUGCACCAGAAGGCCCGCGAGUACAUCUACAUGAACUUCGGGGAGGUGUCGAAGCAGGAGGAGUUCCUGGCGCUGUCCCACUGCCAGCUGGUGGCCCUGGGCUGUUUUUGGGGUGGCCCCAGGCAGUUUUUGGGGUGGCCCCUCACCCCGUUAUCCCCCCCAUUCCAGGUGUCGAAGCUGGAGGAGUUCCUGGCAGUUGGUGACCCUGGUGACCCCAGGCAGUUUUUGGGGUGGCCCCUCACUCCCUUAUCCCCAUUCCAGGUGUCGAAGCAGGAGGAGUUCCUGGCGCUGUCCCAAUGGGUGACCCUGGGCUGUUUUUGGGCUGACCCCAGGCAGUUUUUGGGGUGGCCCCUCACCCUGUUAUCCCCCCCGUUCCAGGUGUCGAAGCAGGAGGAGUUCCUGGCCCUGUCCCACUGCCAGCUGGUGACCCUGGUGAGCCGGGACGAGCUGAACGUGCGCUGCGAGUCCGAGGUGUUCCAGGCGUGCGUGGCGUGGGUGCAGCAGGACCGGGCGGCGCGGGGGCCGUUCCUGCCGGCGCUGCUGCGCGCCGUGCGCUGCCACGCGCUCACCCCGCGCUUCCUGCGGGCGCAGCUGCGGCGCCGCCACGACCUGGGCCACGACGCCCUGCGCUACCUGGCCCGCGUCUUCCGCGACCUGGCCCUGCACCGGCCGCCCCGCGCGCCCCCCGCCCGCACGCCCCGCGUGCGCCAGCUCAUCUACGCGGCCGGGGGGUACCUGCGCCAGUCCCUGAGCCGCCUCGAGGCCUUCGACCCCCUGGACGGCUCCUGGGUGGCGCUGGCGGCCCUGCAGAGCCCCCGCUCGGGGCUGGGGGGCUGCGCCGUCGGGGGGCUCUUCUACGCCGUGGGGGGCCGCAACAACUCGCCCGAGGGCAACACCGACUCGGCCGCCGUCGACUGCUACAACCCCGUGACCGACCGCUGGUCGCCCUGCGCGCCCAUGAGCGUGCCCCGCAACCGCAUCGGCGUGGGCGUCAUCGACGGCAUGAUCUACGCCGUGGGGGGGUCCCACGGCUGCACCCACCACUGCUCUGUGGAGAGGUACGAGCCGGAGCGGGACGAGUGGGCGCCGGUGGCGCCGAUGGGGACGCGGCGCAUCGGGGUGGGGGUGGCGGUGCUGAACCGGCUCCUCUACGCCGUGGGGGGCUUCGACGGCAGCGCCCGCCUGCGCUCGGCAGAGCGGUACCACCCCGAGAGGGACGCCUGGCACUCCAUCCCCAUGGCCACCGUCCGCAGCGGCGCCGGGGUGUGUGCCCUGGGGAACUGCCUGUACGCCAUGGGGGGGUACGACGGGACGCAGCAGCUCAGCAGCACCGAGCGCUUCGAGGCCGACACCGAGACCUGGAGCUUCGUGGCCCCCAUGGGGCGGCGGCGGAGUGCCCUGGGGGUGACGGCCUUCAGGGGCAGGAUCUACGUCCUGGGGGGCUAUGACGGGCACUCGCUCCUGGACUCGGUGGAGUGCUACGACCCCGAGGGGGACGCGUGGACGGAGGUGACGCCGAUGCCGUCGGGGCGCUCGGGGCUGGGCGUGGCGGUGACGGUGGAGCCGUGCAGGAGGGACCCCCCCCCCGAGGAGACCCCCGGAGGGCACCCAGAGCCCCCCGCGGGCCCUGCUGACCCGGCGCCGCCGGGGGUCGGGGAUUGA